CUGAUAAAAUUCAAUUGAAUAAUUCAAAUGUGGCCGCGUAUGUGAACUCCGUCAUAAACGAGAACCCAGCCGCUGAGUAGACUUGUGUUUUCGCUUCCCCUUCCCCAUCCCCUCUCCUCCCCUCGCCGGCUUGUCGGUCUCGCCGCGCCACUGGCCAUACAUCCAAGACGCUAAUCCGUGUGGGGGAAAAGCCCCCCUCUCUCUGAAACUAUUCAAAUGGCGUGGGGCGUAUCCCCGCGGCGGCAGCCGUCGUUCCCGGUGCAGGCCCUCUACGAGCUCUGCAAGCGCUCCUUCCCCUCCCCUUCCGCCGCCUCAUCGUCUCCCCCGCCCGCUGAUGUCGUCCGCAGCAUCUCCUCGCUCAUGGAUACAAUCACUCCUGCGGAUGUUGGGCUCAGAGAUUAUAAUCUUGAGGACGACAGGGGGCAUGGAUUUUUUGACUCCAACCUCCUCAAGGGUUCAGGAAGGCUUCCUCGGUGGGCGCGGCCCAUCAAGUACCUUCAUAUCUACAGCUGUGAUGCAUUCUCUAUUGGAAUAUUCUGCUUGCCAACUUCAUCAGUCAUUCCUCUUCAUGAUCAUCCAGGAAUGACUGUACUGAGCAAAAUCCUUUAUGGUUCCAUGCAUGUGAAAUCAUAUGAUUGGAUAGAGCCUACUGUCCUAGCAAGUAGCCAGCCAGCAAGGUUGGCCAAAUUACAUACAGAUGAUGUUCGUACUGCUCCAUGUCCAACCUCCAUUUUGUAUCCCCAAAGUGGUGGGAACCUGCACUGCUUCACUUCAGUAUCUUCUUGUGCUGUUCUUGAUGUCCUUGCCCCACCAUAUAACGAUGACGCUGGUCGGAUUUGCACUUAUUUUCAUGACUAUCCAUUUUCAAGUCUCUCAGCUGGACGCACGAAGGUAGCUGGUAACCCAGAUAAUUAUGCAUGGCUGGAGGCCAUAAACACUCCAGUGAAUAUCAACAUGCACACUGGCAUGUAUACCGGUCCAACUGUACAGGAACUUCAGACAUGAUGUAAAGAUGAACCGGAGCAUCAAGCAGCAGCUGGGUGCCUCUUCACUGAUAGUAGAGCUCUAAUAUAGUGAUGUAUGUUCUAUACUUUGAGGUUAGCUUUUCCCCUCUGGCCCCCUUUGUUGGAGAAACUGUUGUACUUCAGUUAAGAGAUAAGUUUUCAGAGUAAUUUCUCCUAAUCAGUUUAGUAGAGGUUUCAGGUUCACUAACCUGAGCAGUGAUCAGGCUUUUAGCUUAUUUAUUUAUGUUGUGCAACGCUGGAAUGGUUUUGAAUGCAAAAUUGUCACUGAUGUUGCCGCA